AUGCCUCCGGAAGUCAUCAACGGGGACAUCCUGCUCCAUGCAGAUAAAGAGCAAUCCUACUUUCCAACGACGGGACCUCGACAAUUAAGCUCUUCGAGUAGAAUUAACCACGAAAGGGCAACUUCAAGUACAGGGAUGCAGCGGGAAACCUUUAGUGAGAUCGAACCAUUUUCUCGGACUGAGAUCACAAGGCCACCUCAUCUUCGACGACGCAUUACGAUUGGCGGUUCCGGUCAGGAUGUAAAAGACAUCGAGCACAGACCUUGGGCAUCGAAUACAAAGAAUCCAUCAACCAGUCACCCAGGUGGAGAUUUCGGAUUUGCGUCUGUGAAGAGCAAUUAUCCUCCCACCAGCUGGAGGCCCACUGCAGCUGCCCAUCUGACCAUCGCAGAUGUUGAGGAGAACGCCUUAUCCGAAAGCAGUUCAAGUGCUGGUGUAGACAGUGGGUAUGUCAGGUCGAGCACCACUGUCAGCCUUGGACAACCAUGGCUCAACCCAUCCUUAUCUACCAGCACAAUGACUUCGAAUCCAGCGCAGAACGCGAGAAGACCCCAAGCCUCAUCCAAUCCUGCGCCUCAGUCUUCUCCAGCUCGAUCAAGUUCUAGUCGCCGCUACAGCAUAAUCUUUUCCGGUCCCACGGCCGCAGCAAAGGCGGAAACCCCACCAAACAGGGUGACCGGCGGGUCGGCUCUCGGUCGACGAGCUUCAGCUGGGGCGGCCACUCUGCCAGCUCCGGACGCUGCGUACGCGCACACUUACUACUACACUGUCUGUUGCCACACAUCGCCUCCAAUGUCUCGUCCGCUCAACGUCCAGCCUUUACUUGUGCAGUACCACAAGGGUCUUCUGGCGUAUCCACCGUCCCAUCUGCGUGGGUACAAUCCUGAUGAAGCGAUUACCCCUCCGAAGAUUUACGUGCUGGAGGGAUCGUGUUCCGAGUGUGAUAUCACGGCACGACGCCACGCUGAGUCAAAGGUGUUGGACAGAUAUACUCAUCAGCUGGAAAACCUUUACAUUCAGUUGAGUCUUCUGCAGAAAGACAUCGCUAGUGAACAUUGCAAUGUGUCACUCCCGGAAAAAAGUGACAAUGCAAUAACGACAUUUGCAUUCCCAUCGACACUGGAACUUGAGCCUGAAGCGACCCAAGCGAUUCUCGAGAUCGAAGACCAGCUGGACCAAUUGGUCGGAAAGCGCGAUCGUGAAGUUAAACAGAUCUGGAAAGGAUACACUGCGAGGUGGGGUCCAGCAACGGUUGGCAUUCACCGCGAAAACAGGUUUCGCGGACGAAGUCGAGCGGGGACUACCGACUCACGAGACCACGUGUCUCAGGAUACAGCGGGCUCAACGACCAGUUUCGGCGUCCCUUCUGAGGAUCGCAGUCCGGGACGAACUCGUACCAUGACCACAGUGAGCACACAGCCAACGGGACCACCCUCGCGCCUGAGCCGAAACAGCAGCUACGAUACUCGGCCACGCACCAGUUCCGUCGGCGGUCCACAGGAACGAUACUCGGACGGAACAUACGGCCUUAGCGUCGACUCGUCGGUGGAUGGCGUCAGAGGACGGGGUCGGAUGGUGGUCGACUGGAUCCGGCCGACGCGACGGGAAGGGCGGAGCAGGAGCGUGGCUCAGGCGACAAGCCGGCCAAGCAGUCGGCACGCGCAAGAUACAUCAAGAUAA